AUGCAGCAACCGACUGCGAUACCAGCUCAACCCCAGAGCUUGCCGUAUAUGCCAGUUGUUUCGCAAUAUCCUGGACCUGGACCUCAUUCUGGAUUACAGUAUCCGAUGCACUCGGCUCCUGCGCAGCAGCAGACAGCACCCAUCUCUCAGCGACAUCAGAAUCCUAUGAUCGUCCCACAAGCGACUUCUCAGCGGCCUGCCACACCUACAUUGUCUAGUUUGGGACAAAAUUACACAGGAACGCUUAGUGCUCCUUACUCCGGACCACCGCCGGCUCCACAACCGGCUCCAUAUCCUCCAAUGAGUGUCAAUGCUCCUCCUUCACAGCAGCCCAUGCAAGCACUGAAUGGUCCACAGAUGCCACAAAACCUCGCGCAGCCUGCGCAGCAACAGCAACAACAAUUUAUGACAAUGCCAACAAAUAGCCAAGUUGCUGGAGUUCCACAAACAGCGCAACCGACUCCAUUGGCUUCUCGACCAAGCUCGCAGCCGCAACCAUCUCCUGUGCCACCAAUUCCUCAACAACCAUUGCUGAAUCAAUCCGGGCCACCGUUUGCACCCGUCCAACCCAAUAGAAGUUCGCCAUGGCAUAUUGGAGUUGUACCAAGCCAGUCGCCAUCUCCUUGGCACAUGGGAGUUGGUCCAAGUGGAAUAGUUUCCAAUACAUCGCCUGUUCCUGCUGCUCCCUUGCCCCCACAACAAUACCAACCAGCACCAGUCCAACCGGUGAGUACUUCUCUGUAUUACCGUUAAUA